CAGAAGCAGGGGACCUUAACAAAGGGAGAGGGAGAGGAUAUACUUGCUCAAAAGGAGGCCAACCAGCAGAUUGCUUGUGAAGAGCGUCAAGAAGGAGAGCGAUCAGGUCUCAGCCACCAGGCUCUGGCACGCUGCAGCAGGUGCAGAGAGCCUGGGCACAACUUACGUACGUGUAAAAAGGAUACUGUAGAUACUACUUAA